AUUUGCGGAAGUGAUGCUGCCAUUAUGGUCCUCAAGCUAGAGGUCCACGUACAGUAGAAUUUCAACCAAAGGAUAGACGCCGAGUAGUUGUAGUGCCCCGCUGAAAUUGACACAUCCUUACAAUUUAAAGACAAAAAGGGCGGUUGUGAGUGCUGUUGUGUCCACUUCCCAAGUCUCUCUCUCUCAGCCUCUGUCCCUCUCAGACGCAUACAGAGCUAUGUCGCCAUCAGUGCGUCUGCAGGAGAUGAUCCGUGUGAUCCGAGGAGCCCGGACACAGGGAGAGGAGCGGGGCGUGAUACAGAGAGAGUGUGCCGCCAUCCGAGCACAGUUUAGACAAGCAGACAAUGGGGGCCGCUCUCACAACCUCGCAAAACUCCUGUACGUGCACAUGCUGGGCUACCCAGCCCACUUUGGUCAGAUGGAGUGUGUCCGCUUGAUUGCCAGUCCCCGUUAUAAUGAGAAGCGUGUGGGUUACCUGGGUGCUAUGAUGCUCCUUGAUGAGAAGCAGGACGCAAGUCUGCUAAUCACAAAUUCCAUCAAGAAUGACCUGUCCCACAGCAGCCAGUAUGUCCAGUCCUUGGCCCUGUGCACGCUGGCCUGUAUGGGCUCAGCUGAGAUGUGUCGAGACCUGGCCCCGGAGAUCGACCGGCUCCUCAGAGCCUCCAACUCCUACAUCAAGAAGAAGGCGGCUCUUUGUGCUGUUCACAUAGUGAGAAAAGUACCCGAACUAGGAGAGCUGUUCACUCCCGCGGCGCGAUCCCUGCUGUCGGAGAAGAACCAUGGUGUGUUGCACGGAGCUGUGAUCCUGAUCACGGAGCUGUGUGAACGGAACCCAGAGACCCUGGAGCAGUUCCGGAAGGUGGUACCAGAGUUGGUUCAGAUCAUGAAAGGCCUGGUGAUGUCGGGAUACUCUCCAGAACACAACGUCGCUGGGAUCAGUGACCCUUUCCUGCAGGUGCGCAUUCUUAGACUUCUGAGGAUCCUGGGUCGAAAUAAUGACCUGGCCAGUGAUGCCAUGAACGACCUCCUGGCCCAGGUGGCCACCAACACAGACAGCAGUAAGACUGCAGGCAGUGCUGUGCUGUAUGAAACUGUCCUCACAGUCAUGGAUAUCAAGUCUGAAAGUGGCCUUCGGGUUCUAGCUGUCAACAUCCUGGGACGGUUUCUCUUGAAUAACGACAGGAACAUUCGAUACAUUUCCAUGACCUCACUCCAGAAGAUAGUGCAGACGGACCACAAUGCAGUUCAGCGCCACAGGGGAACCAUAGUGGAUUGCCUGAAGGACCAGGAUGCUUCUGUGAAACGCCGGGCGUUGGAGCUAUCUCUAGCCCUGGUGUCAGCUGUCAACAUCCGCUCUUUGAUGAAGGAGCUGCUCCUCUUCCUCUCCAGCUGUCCCCCUGAGCUCAGAGCCCACACCGCCUCUGGCAUCUUCAAUGCUGCUGAGAGGUAUUCCCCCUCCCAGCGCUGGCACAUUGACACCAUCCUGCAUGUCCUCACCACGGCAGGGGGUGACGUAAGGGACGAGACAGUUCCCAAUCUGAUCCAGCUAAUCACCACGGCUACGGAGCUACACUGCUACACUGUUCACAAGCUGUACCGAGCUCUCAUCACAGAUAUCUCACAGCAAUCCCUGGUGCAGGUGGCGUGUUGGUGCAUUGGAGAGUAUGGAGACUUGCUUUUAAGAGGGGAGUGUGAAGAAACAGAACCAGUUCAGGUGACAGAGGAUGAUGUCCUGGACGCCUUGGAAACGGUACUACAAUCACACAUGUCGGCCGCGGCAACCAGGGGCUUCGCUCUGACCGCCACCAUGAAACUAAGCACACGCAUCACACAGAACGUUGAUCGGAUCAGGAGCAUCGUCAGCAUAUAUGGAAGCUGUAUAGACGUGGAGCUCCAGCAGAGGGCAGUAGAGUACAAUGCUCUGUUCAAGAAAUACGACCAUAUGAGGGCAGCUGUUUUGGAGAGGAUGCCAGUGAUUGACAAGAACUCACCUGGUCAUACCAACGGAGAGUCAACCGAGGGGACCAUCAAAGAGAGGGAGUCGAUCAAACUCAAGCAGGGGGAAGCAGUGUUGAUUCAGGAGCCGACCAACCAGGUGUGUGAUUUGCUGGACUUGCUGGGUGGUACUGACACCCUUCCCCAGGCCAGUCCAGCACUCUCCAGCACUGCACCAGACUCGGUCAACAACAGUGCCGGCGUUGGGGGAGAUUUAUUGGACCUGCUGGGAGGACUGGACCUGAUGAAUGACAAACUGGACCCCGCACCAGCGCCUAGUGUCAUGGUGUACGAUAAGAAUGGUGUGACCCUGAAACUACAGUGUGACAAACCGACAGGCACAGGACUAACUGUAACCCUCACUGCCACCAAUGCCACUGACAAUGACAUCUCUGGCUUCAGCCUACAGGCAGCCGUGCCCAAGAGUGUCCAGUUACAGAUGAAGGCUCCCAGUGGGGAUGCCCUCCCUGCUCGAGGCUCAGGACAGGUCACUCAGACUGUGCUUCUCAACAACCCGAACAAGGUCAGUCUAAAGAUGAGAGUCCGUGUGUCCUACUCUAGUCAAGGCUCCGUCUUUCAAGACACAGUGCAGAUUGACUCCUUCCCCGGUCCUGCCUGGAACUGACAGCUGUCAAUCAACUGUGACAUAAAAGCAUGUCAAUGAAAUGAUCGUCCACCGGCUUGGUAUCUGACAGAUAUCAGUCAUUGACAGAGGGAGGGGAGGGGAGGGGGGGUGGGUCUCUGUCAAACAAUCCUUCUCUACACUACAACUUGAUGAUGACCUGUCAAUCCAAGUUGAUGUUUUUCAAAAGAUUCUAAAUCUGUUCUGUCUAAACGGCUGACUUUCAUCUACCAGUGAAUCUGUCAGUUUGGCAAGGAAUUGAUAUACAGUGACUUCUCAGAGACUAGGUACCUUCAUGGUCAGCUGAACCCAGUGUACUGUAUAGUAUUUAUCCUGGUCGGUUGGAUAAAUGUCAUUACAACUAUGUUUGGUCGGGACUAGGCAGAAAUACUGAAUUUGUUCUGGGAAUUGUGCAAUCAUAUGUGUUCCCAAGCUCUCUAACUGGUUGCUUACUACUAUAAAAGGUUCACUUAAUCAUAUUUGAGUAUUGAGGGACAGGCUGGGGGGUUCACUUCAGGAUCCCAUACCUUACCCUACCCAUGUGGAUCACGGUUACAGUUACUGCUGGUCAAUAAGAGUCACAUUAUCAGCAUUCCCAAACACUACGCCUUAUCUGCGGUUGUGAUGAUUUGUUCUGCUCUUCUGUCUGAAGGGUGCUCUAACAUCACCGCCGCAUCAAUUUAGAAGCAUUUUAUUGGUCACAAUGCAACUCACACUCAUUCUAGCCCAUGUGCACACUGUGGAACGCUUUUAGCGUCACUGAAAAGUUUGAAAAAGUGAACACUUCCCAUUGAGGGUUUAAGAAUGGCAACAUGACCUUGCCUGCCUUCUAUUGGUGUGCUCUUGUUCUCCCUUUCUUUUCCUACCUCUUCUUCACCUUUCAGCUGCUUGUGUCUCCCUGUGCCUGACAUCUCAGGAGCUGAGGUAUGACAAUGUAAUAUGUGCAUUAUCAACUUUAUUUUGAGGUGAAAGUUGUUUUAUUUGUGAAUAUUGUGCUCCUAAAACCCCUAUUUUAAUGACACCUGCAAAUCUUAUCAGUCUUGACUUGUGUUAUUCCCUUAAAACAACAUCAUGGCAAGCAGUAAAUAAAGUUUUGUUUCGUUUCUCUCA